AUAUUGCAAUAUCUAUUACUACUUAAUCAUAAAAAUGGUGAAUGUAGCAAAGAUCUGCAAUGUCAUUCAUGGGUUGAUGCCGGUGUUGCUUAUGGUGGUAGUUCAGAUGGCAUCCGCCGGAGUUAACGUGCUUUCUAAACUCGCAGCUAACGAUGGCAUGAUUCUCUCGAUUCUUGUCGCUUAUCGAUUUGUUUUCUCAACUGCAUUCAUUGUUCCACUCGCACUUCUGGUUGAAAGGAAGAAAAGGCCUAAGUUGACAUGGAUGAUACUCUUGCAAGCCUUUUUUUGUGGCUUAUUUGGAGGUUUGUUGGCACAAAAUUUUUAUGUAAAAGCAUUAACCUUGACGUCAGCAACAUUUGUCGCGGCUACCACCAACCUCAUCCCUGCCAUCACUUUCGUUCUAGCUGUUUGCUUCAGGAUGGAAAGGUUGGGUUGGAAGACAAGCCGUGGUACAGCAAAGAUCAUUGGAACAGCCUUGGGGAUUGGUGGGGCCAUGUUGUUGACUGUUUACAAGGGAGUUGAACUUCAUUUGUGGAAAACCAAUGUUAACCUUUUAAAUGGUCAUCAUCAUUCAUCACAUGUUCAACAUUCAAGCAAUAGAGUCAUGGGUUCUUUAUUUGCCAUUGGUAGUUGCAUAUGUUAUUCCAUAUGGUUAAUCAUUCAGACCAAUAUGGUUAAAACAUACCCUUGCCCGUAUUCUGUCACUGCUCUCACAUCGAUCAUGGGUGCGGUUCAAGCAAUCAUAUUUGGGUUAUGCACUGAAAGACAUUGGGAGGAAUGGAAGCUGGGUUGGAAUGUUAGGCUUCUAACGGUGGCCUAUUCGGGCAUGUUAGCAUCCGGAUUAAUAUUUUCAUUCGUCGCAUGGUGUGUGCAACGGAAAGGUCCGCUAUAUGUAUCGGCUUUUAAUCCUCUUAUGCUUGUUUUUGUGGCAAUUGUUGGAUCGUUGGUCUUGAAUGAAAACCUACACUUGGGAAGUUUGUUGGGUGCAAUAUUGAUAAUAUUUGGACUCUAUGGUGUAUUAUGGGGUAAAGCCAAAGAAGUAAACAAGGUGGCCAAGUCAUGUUCGACACAAGUAACAAGCAUUGGAACCGGUGAUGAUGCCAUUGAUCGUGAUUCAGAACCCUCAAGUACUAAAGUUGUUGGUGUUAGUGAUUUAAAGCACUCAAUUGUACGAAGUGUGGAUGGCAUAUCAAGACACAUUGAGGUUGUUGUGACUUCAUCAAAGUGAAAAACAUUUAUACAUAUAGGGGAGGUUAAGGUACAAUAUUCCUUAACGUACGAGCGUAUGAUAUGAAAUUAGGCACGUUAUAAAACUCAAAACCGUAAUCACGCAUGUUGCAAAAAUAUAAUCACGCAUGGUUAUGAUUUUUCAACAUGGGUGAUUAUGUUUUUUCAAAGAUGCGUGAAUAGGUUUUCAGUUUUAUAACGUGCGUAAUUUCAUAUCGUAUGUCCGUACGUUAAGGAAUAUUGUAUUUCACGCUUUCACUAUAUAUAUAUGCAAGAGUAAACUAUCUUAACGGGUUGUAUUAUGAGUUAUGAAUUGAAGGAGUUAAAACAUAAACAUUUGUGUGUAUAUACACAAAUGAUGAUAAAAGAAAAGAAAAACAAUAUUCCUUUGGAAAGCUCCAUUUCAUUACCACA